AAGACGAACCAGUGUAAACACUCCUUUUCAUGACACUUGCUUAAAAUCAACGUCUCCACCAGGGAUGCACGUCCUAGAAUUCCCCCGUGAACUGCAGUACUUUAUUCUGGCCAAGUUGGAUGGCGUGGCCCUCGGCCAUGUUCAGUGUGUUUGUCGAUCAUGGCAGGAAAUUGUUGGACAUCUGGAAUCAUCUUUUAACAUUUGGCUGAGAUGUUGUCUGAAGGAAAUACCAUCCUACAUUCUAGUAGAACUCACAGGGAUGUGUCGAUUCAUUGAACAAGGGGAGAUAACUGCAGACGUGUGUAAUCGUGUUGGGUGGGAGUUUUGGCGAGACCUGUAUCGAGAAUACCGACGAGGCGAGCUGCUGACUCGAUGGCAGGAGACGAGUAUGGAGAUUACCAUUCCCUUCAUGUACGGCAAGGCAACAUCCAUUGAUCUAGGGGAGAGGUACCUAGUGUCUGGCCACAGCACUGGCAAUGUGCUGGUGUGGGAGAACCUGAGGGAGACAGACGCCCUCACCAUGGGCCUGGUACAUAAACACCACCAACAUGUGUCCUGUGUCCGCGUGCUGGCCUCAGAAAGGAGCUGGACGGAUCUAGGAGCUGCUCAAGUGGAAGAUGCCUGUCCAUGUGUUGCUUCCUCAUCUCGAGAUUGCGUCAUCAAUGUGUCAACGAUUCGGGGUACAGACACACAUCAUAUUGCACAUUUUUCCCAACAAGUCAACAAUCUCAGUGUUUGUGGCGAGUAUUUCGUAGCGGCAGCCAAGUCGUCUGUGCUUCACGGGCAGCCUGUGUGGCGGGUGGCGUCCUCCCGACCUUUGAACCUAGAGCAGACGGAUCAGCUUUGGGGACAAAGGACAUCCAAUGUCACAGCUGUUGCCAUGACAUUUGGCACGGUUGUGUCUGGGGAUGUUAUGGGCAACCUGUUGAUGUGGGACAGUGGUGUAGAUGAGCUGAAGGGCAGAGAGCCGGAAGUCAUACACAAGUUUUCCAGCAGUGUCAAGCAGAUCUGUCUACAAGGGGAACGUCUGGUUUGUCUUCUAGAUGAUGGUAGCCUUUGGGUACGCAGGGACACAAAAUUCACCCAAUGGUUGGCAGACGAUUUGUUCGAGACGUACCAGGGAACUGCAAAGUGUCUAUCAUUGAGAGGGACCAUAUUAGCAGUUGCUACAACUAUGGGUGGAGUGUUCCUCUACAGUAUACCAGACAACAAAUCGUGGGAUAUGUUGGAGUUCAAACAUCCAGAUAGUGUUGUUAGGACUGGGAAAAACACAAUCACAUCUAUAUCACUUGGAGAUGAUGGCAAGAGUCCUGUGGUUGCCAUAGCAGCUGAUGAUGAAACUAUCACCAUCAUCAGGUGGCAGCCAUUUUGAAUUAUUUGAAGCAAACAAUUUCAUUGCUGACAUGACUGGGAAUGUGUUGAGAAUCUUGUCAUUCUUGAUUAGCUAGUUUUGACAGUUGUUUACACACAUGCUUUUAUUAUUCUGGCAUCUUGUGGAUAGUCAAGAACAGCGUUGGCCAAAGCAUUGCAGCAGCUAUUUGAACCAUGUUAACUCGGCCUGAGGAAGUGUUGUGCUCGAUUACAUUCAUUACAGUCAAAUUACUUAACAUGUUUUUGUGAAGAAUUCCAGCAGGAUUAUUGUGUCUCAGAAUACUUUCUCGAUGCUUGAAGAGAAUUUCAGUAAGAAAAAAUGUCAACACCUGAUUUAAGCAAACCAGCAUUGUUCAAAUAUUGCUCCGUGACAAUCAUCAUGACUGGUGGAAUACUCUUGUCUCUUGGUUGACAGACCACAUCCAUGGUCUAGUGGUUGAGCGUCAGCCCAGAGAGUGAAAGGUCCGGGCUUCCAACCCCGGCCGCGUCAUACGAAAAGGCGUUAAAAUAUGGUACUUGUUGUUACCCAGUCUGGCGUUCAGUAUGAAGGGGCUAAAACGAGGACAGGUCGGCUUGGAGUCAGUAUACUGUGUCUGAGUGGG